AUGAAGACUCUAAAGGAGAAGAACGACAUAAAGAAGGAGGAGAAGAAGAAACUGAAGGAAGAGCGUGAUUUGGAGAGACAGAAGAAACAAGAGGAGAAAGCAAAAGCAGAGGCAGAGAAGGAGCAAAAUGGUGGGAAGAUAGGUGAGGAGGAGAAAGACGAGGAGGAUGAUGAUGGAGAUGAUGGCGCAACUACCAAACCUGCUCCCAAGGCAGGGAAGAAGACGAAGAUAGAACCAAAGAAGGAACCGAAGAAGGAGGAAGAGGAGAGCCUGGACCUUGCGUCUGUUGUCAAGCGGAGGCGGCUCAUGGUGGCAAAGACCAAAGCUGAGAAAGAGGUCCAGGAGAAGAUUGAGAAGGAACGACGUCUCAAAGACCAGGAGGAGAUGAAGAAACAAAAGGCAGAGGAGCAGUUCGAGAAGACCUUCAAGGAGGGAAUCGCAAACGCCAAGCUCGUCUUACGGAAACACCCGAUUGGCUACGACCGGAACCACAGCCGAUACUGGCUCUUCUCUCCGGUAGUCCCUGGACUAUUCGUGGAGAAGGGCUGGGCCUCGAAGGACAUCCAUUAUUCUGCUCGGCUCGACGGUGAGACCGACAACGAGGAGGAGGACGGGAUGGACGUCGAGCAGGUGUCUGGAGAAGAGGGGGAGGAGACGACAAUUUGGAAAGAGAAAACAGUUCCUAAGAUUGGUCAGAACAUGUGGUUCCAGUACGACACUGUCAAAGAGUUGGAGAGUCUUCUCGUAGCCUUAGACAACCAGGGGAUUAGAGAGAGCGCCCUCUUUGCCAAGAUUCAGAAACAUCACAGUGAAGUUUCAAAACUUGUCAUGGCUGCUAGGAGAUCUGGGCCUGAGCUUCGUGAUUCUGACGGUCCGCGGGAGCUCCUGGACUCGUUCAAGGAGGACUUGAAGGACAUUGAGACACACAUCAGACAGGGAAACCUGGGAGGGGUCUCCAAGCUUGAGAAAUGGGAGAAACAACUAGACUCGGCAACAAAGCUCAAAGAGCUGAAACCUCUCCUUAUUGAGAGCCAGGCCUGUGUGAAUCUCAAGUUUCUGCAGGGUAAGAUGGCCCCCACCAAACCCAAGCCUAAUAAACCUAUCUAUGGCUAUGUAGAUGAAGACGAAGAUGACAGCCAAGAAGAAGAUGACAAGCCAAUUGAGUCAGAGCGGGUUGUGAGGUGGCGUGAGCUCGUGAACAAAGCCACGUCUCUCUCGCGGCUUCACAUCCUUCUCUGUAUUUACGAGAUCUCCGUCAAAUGGGAAAAGUCGGCCGCAAACGCGAAAUGCAAGAUCUGCAGACGGAAGGGUAACGAGGAUAAAGUCAUCAUGUGUGAUAAGUGUAAUCAGCCUUUCCAUCUCUUCUGCCUCCGUCCUGCGCUACCUGCCUUCCCUACUGCAGAAUGGAUGUGUCCAGCUUGUGCACCAAUCACCGUGCGUACCGGGAGAGACCGAAACUACGCCGAGAUCGACUCGGACCCAUCCUCAGAAUCCUCAGAAGACGACCCUGAAUCUGACUACGAUGAGGAGGAUGAUGACGAUGAUGAAUCGGACGAGGAGGUCACAGGGAGGCGCGUGACGAGGGCGGUCAAGGGCAAGAGGGUCAAGAAGAAGGCUCCUCCGGCGAGGGCCACUAGAGGGCGUCCUGUAAAACGAGGGCGUGAGAAGCCAGCGCCCAAAGCAAAGAGAUUACCUAAACUAGAUAAAGAGGCAGCUGAUGGCAUUAUAUCUAGGAUGCUGAAAUACAGGGACAGCAAACCACUCAGACAGCCACCUACUAAAGCUGAGGUUCCAAAUUAUAAGAAGUUGAUCAAGAAUCCUAUGGAUCUACAGGUGAUGAAGACAAAGUGCGAAGGAAAGGAUUAUUCCAAGUAUCCUGAAUUCUUUGAUGAUAUGCAGUUGACUUUCAGCAAUGCUGCCAAGAUGUAUGAAAAUGACAACUACAUCUUGCAGCAAGUCCGCAAGACCAAGGAUUACUGUGGGAACCUGAUCAAAUGGCAUCUAGAAGCCGGUCGUGACCUCUGGAAUAAAUAUCUUGAAGAAGAGGAGCAAGAAGAAGAAGAGGAGGAGAAUACCUGUUUUCGGACUGCUACCAGACUCUAG